AUGCAGUUCAAGACGCUUCCCUUCCUUAUGUUGGCUGCCACAGCCCUGGCUGCCCCCGAAGCCCAGCCAGGGGACACGGACAGUGCUCAAUCCUACAUUGACAAGCUCGAGAGCCUUGCUACCCAGACAGAUAUGCCCGAAGGCAUGCCAACCAACAUGCCCUCGAUCAAUACGCCCCCCCCUUCCAUCAUGUCGGUGCUCAUGACUGCCGUCCCUGCUUCUCUCCUCCAAGAUAUGGGGAACGCCGCUUCUCGAUCGUCCUUUGCUAGUGAGAUCAGUGCCGGUAACUAUCCCGACUGGUACAAGAGCCUCCCCGGUGAUGUCAAGACCUACAUCUCGACUGCCUACCAAACCGAUGCACAGGCCACUGGUGCACAGAAGACCGGCGAUUCCACCGCAACUAGCGGACCUAAGGCGACCGGUAGUUCUGGAUCUGACUCCAAAUCUUCUACUUCGGAGGCUGGUGCUGCCCCUACUGGUGCUGUUGCAGUUGGCUUGGCCGGUGCUGCUGGUAUCCUUGGCCUUGCUAUUGCGCUGUGA